AUGCCAAUUUCAGGACUGGAACAUUAUCUUUCUUACCAUUUAAGGAUAAUUCUGCCGCAUGUUUUAUCUAAAUCAUCAUCUAGAAGAGUUGCCUACCUUUUUUCGUUAUUUUCUGCAAUAACUUCAGGAUUCAUCACUUUAAUAUCGUUGUAUUCACAACCAUGGCAAACUCAUCUACAUUAUUCAUCAUGGCAAAUUAAUAUGAUUUCCAGUGUCACCAACCUUGGAAUGUAUUUAACUCCACCAAUAUUAGGUAUAAUAGCUGAUAAUCAUGGUCCAAUAACACUGAGUUGCCUUUCCAUAUUGGGAUUCAUCCCAAGUUAUGCAUAUCUCGGUCACAUUUUUUAUAAUCCUCCGCCACACAACAGUAUAACUAAUUCUGAACCAUUAUCAUCAUUAUCGUUCAACUUGACCCUGUUAUGUUUCAUGAUAAUCGGUAUAUCAACAAGUGCUUUAUAUUUUAGUGCAUUAAUAACUUGUACGAAAUUAUAUCCAACUAAGAAACUAUUAUCAAUCAGUUUACCAACCACAUCGUUUGGUAUAUCAUCCCUGGUAGGGUCCCAGUUAUUGAGAAUACCAUGGUUUUGGUCCAUACCCUCCUCGUCCUCAUCGUCAUUCUCAUCAACAGCAAUAGAAACCGACAAGAUUCUGAACUUAGGACGUGUUUUCCAUACUUUUGCAUGGUUAUAUGUCAUAAUCGGUAUUUUUGCCUGGGUUGCUACAGGUACUGUAUCAAUGUUAAACUGCAGCAAGGAAGAAGAACUUCAAAUCGAGCAGAAUUAUCAUUCAUCUGUUAAUAAAUAUCAAGAUCGUGAACAGCAACCUUUACUUUCGAACGGUACUAAUUCUGACUAUAGUAGUAGUGGCAGUAACAUUAUCAACGAAGUACAGACUGAACAAGAAAUCGAACCUAUUAAAUCAAAUUCGAUGGUCACUAUUUUUAAAGAUCCAUUAACAUACGUUCUAGCAAUAUCAAUGUUAUUAUCCCUAGGGCCAUUAGAAAUGUUCGUUACCAACAUGUCAUCAUUAUCUCAUCUUUUAAUUAAACAUGAAACAACUACACUAUCAAGCCAAAUCCUAUCAAUCUAUGCAUUUUCUUCCACUCUAGCAAGGUUAAGUACAGGAUUAACAAUGGAUUUAUUUAGUCGUUAUAAGAUAUCAUUGAAAUGGCUUCUUUUAUCAUUAUUAUCAUUAGGUUUAUUUUCUCAAGCAUUAAUAUUACACUUCACUACGGGUGCUACUACCUCUACGGUGAUAGCAUCUACAGAUCUUUUAUUUAUGAGUAUCUUACUAGGACAAGUUUACGGUGGAUUAUUUACAAUCUAUCCCACAAUUACAUUAGUCAUCUAUGGUGAAAAGUUAUUCGGAACUGCUUAUGGUAGUUUAAUGGUAGCACCAGCAAUUGGAUCCAUUGUGUCAUGUAUGUCAUAUGCUAAAGUUUAUGAUUCAAAUUGUAAUGUCAGUGAUACUGGGGUCAUGGGACGUAAUUGUAUUAGUCCUGUCUAUAAAAUGACAGUUUUACAAUUUGUCUUAUCAAUUGGUUUGACAGGAACAGCCUUCUAUUUCUGGAGGAAAAGAAGGAUAUCGUUCUAA